AUGAGUGAAGACCAAGUCGCCGAAACACAGGUCGACAUGAAGACUCUGACAGCCCAGUGCUACUGUAAAGCUGUCCACUUCAACCUCACUCUCCCUGCCUCCUCCCUUCCUCUCAAGGUCCAUCUCUGCCAUUGCAGCAUCUGCCGCUAUACGCACGGCACCCCGUGUAUCUUUCAUGCACCUCUCCCGUCCGGUAUCGCUCCGGACUUCAUCGCCCCAUCGUCCCUCUCAUCUCUGACAGCGUAUCGUCACUCAACCGCCUCGAGCACCAGGUAUUUCUGCAGUACCUGCAGCUGCCACAUUGGGGACGUCGGCGUCGACGACGAUGACUGGGUCAUUUCCGCGUCCAUGUUCGACGCGAACAAGGACGAUGUACCCGCGACGUGGGAUAUCCGUACCCAUGUCAACACUGCCUCGGCUCCAGGAGGCGGGUUGUACAACUGGCUUCCACGCAUCGCAGGCGCGGACAUGAGGGUCUGGAACCCCGAAGAUCCAAAGGCAAACGAGACCACGAGCCCUGGAAGGGAAGUCGGAAUAGACGGCGAGGAGGUCCUGCGGGCACAAUGCCACUGUGGCGGCGUCUCGUUCACCAUCUCCCGCCCCAAGGCCGCGAUGGUGGACGACCAAGCCUACAAGAAGUGGCUCUCGCCCAUCGACUCGACCAAAUGGAUAGCUUGUCUGGACGUCUGCGACGACUGCCGUCUCCAAACCGGCGCCCACGCCGUCGGCUGGGCUUUCAUACCAGAGUCUUGCAUCUCGCCUCAAGUCCCCGAGGAUCUCAGCAUCGGCACGUCCAAGAAGUUUGCGUCCUCCGAGGGCGUGCUGCGCUCGUUUUGCGGGACGUGCGGUGCGACGGUGAUGGGAUACUUUGACUGCGACGGGGCACGGAGGCAGGCAGACGGCAACAGGUUGUUGAACGUAGCGACUGGCAUCUUGAGGGCGCCGGAAGGGGUCCUGGCGGAGAAGUGGCUGACGUGGAGGACGGGUCGGGUGGCUUGGGCAGAGAGCGGGAGGAGAUAUGAUUCUGCUUUAACCGAGGCGUUGGGUGAGGGUCUGGCGAGCUGGGGGAGGGAGAUGCAUGGGCAGGCCCACGAUUUCAGCACUGGAUGA